AGGUAAAUCUGCAUUGAGAAACACAUAGCAUGGCUCUGAAUAAUCCCAACCCUCUGGGACCAUGGAAGAUCACGGUUUACGACCAGGAGAACUUCCAAGGGAAGCGUCUGGAGUUUACCUCCACCUGCCAGAACAUCAUGGAGUGUGGCGUUGACAACAUCCGCUCCCUGAAGGUGGAGUGUGGAGCCUGGGCAGGAUAUGAGCACUCCAGCUUCUGUGGACAGCAGUUUGUGUUGGAGAGAGGCGAGUAUCCUCACUGGGAGUCGUGGAGUGGCAGCAACGCCUACCACAUUGAGAGGAUGAUGUCCUUCCGCCCCAUCUGCUCUGCUUACCACAAAGAGUCCAAGAUGGUGGUGUUCGAGAAGGAGAACUUCAUGGGACGUCAGUGGGAGAUAAACGAUGACUACCCCUCUCUGCAGGCGAUGGGCUGGGGCAACAACGAGAUUGGCUCUAUGCAAGUUCAGAGUGGCUCCUGGGUGUGCUACCAGUUUCCAGGUUACCGUGGUUACCAGUACAUCAUGGAGUGUGAUCGUCAUGGUGGCGAGUACAAACAUUACAGAGAGUGGGGCUCCCAUGCUCAGUCCUUCCAGGUGCAGUCGCUGCGUCGAAUCCAGCAAUGAGAGCUGCAGCCUCCACUCCCAACCUCUCACUCUUUACCUCCUCCACCUUCCUCCUCCUCCUCCUCGUCCUCCUCCCUUUCACCCAGUCAUUCCAAGCUUUAGCCAGCUCCGUCAGACCUUAGUGAACUAUGGCUGACACUUUUGCUGGUGCUUCACAAUCAAGAUGUUAAUCACACUUUUGUUUUGUUGCCAAAUGAAAAUAAAGAGAAAUGAUGGAAAAAAAGAAAAACGGUCACUGAAGCCCCUGACUGACGCGCCACUGAGGAGAGAAGAGGAGGAAGUUAAAGGCCUUAGGGAGGAGAUGUCACGCAGAGGCUUUCCUCCUCAUAUUUGUGGGUAAAGAUGGAGCUCCCAGUGAUCAAUAAAUAAGGA